CUCGCUCAGUACCACUCUUGGCUCGCAAGGAAGAUAAGUGCAGCUAUACACUUUUCACUUAGAGACCCUCUGGCUCAUCAGAGGGAGUUAAGACAACGUUAAUUUUUUGUCGACUCAGAAGAAACAUACAGAAAUGGAUUUUAGCUACAUCAACGUCACUGACACCAUUGUAUACCAGGACAGUUUCAUUGAAUGUACCGACAAUCUGAGCUCCUCCCUCACCAAUCUUGACUCUGUGGAUUAUUACACUUUCGGCAUUCCUAGUGAAAUGGAAGGAGGAAUCUUCAGCGAUAUGGAAGUCUUCAAGCAGCUAGAUAUUGCACGUUGGCGCGGGGAGGACUGCCUCGACUGGGCAAUUGACGUAUGUCGCGUUCAUGGAAUCGAUCAGAACAUCGUAAAUCUGAUGGCGUUCAGACAGAUCUCUGGAAGUGAACUCAUGACCUUCUCCGCGUAUGACUUCUGCCGCUUUGACACCGUGUAUGGGCCCACCUUCUACGAGGAGUUUCAGAGGCUGCUGGAGACGCGGGGACUAGCAUCAGCCGGUUUCACUCCUGAAACCAGCGACGCGUUUGUUACAGAAGAGAACACUCUCUUUUCUGAGGGGAACUCCGACCUGUGUGACCUGUCGCCCUUGGAACCGGAUGAAGACCUCACAGACAUUAUUCAGUACAUAGACCAUCCUGCCUCAUCGUGGGACUCCAUGUUCGACAGCGACCGCAAGGAAUACUGUGACUCCUCGUAUGGCAUUGAGGAAUGCAGCAUUAUUAAAUCAGAGGAAAGUUGCAGCGAGUUCUCCGACGACGGAAGCAUCGACAUCCCGUGUCCCUCCCCGGAGCCCUGUCGCGUCCCCAGCGCCGAUGUUCUCGGCAAGAUCCGCACCAAGUCGAGGAAGAGGGAACGCGGUCCAAAGAACUGGGAGUUCAUGAUUCGUCUGCUCGUGGAUAAGAAGUACAACCCAGAACUCAUCCGGUGGGAAGACCAGACCGAGAAGACCUUCAGACUCGUCAAGCCUGUCAUCAUCGCCCAAAUGUGGGGACAGCGAGCGAACAAACCCAAUCUAUCCUACGACAACUUUGCUCGUGGACUGAGGUACCAGUACACGACCGGUGCUCUGAAACCCGUCCCCGAGAGACAGCUGGUGUACAAGUGUGGCCCGAAGGCCCUCAAGUUCCUGAAGGAGCUUCAACGCGAGGGCUAUUGAGGGACGUUCAGAAGUUCCGUGGCAGAAUCCUAGUGAACCCGGCGUGACAGCCAGGCAUCAGCACAUCAGCCCUGUUCUACGGGCGCGGCGGAGCAAGUCACAUGCCUCUCGAAGACGGCGCUCCAUGAUGGGAGUACUUUUAAUCGCCGCAGGAGGAACGAGGGAUUUCAACGCCGAAGUGUUGCGAUCCGAAAUAUUCUCUAAAAGAUUCUUUGAGCGAUGUUUGCUUUAAUUACUCAUAACCACUCACACGGAUACGAAAACACUCGAUCACCACUCACACGGAUACGAACACUCAUUCACUAUUCACGGAUACGAACGCACUCAAUCAAUCACUCAUAUUUUUCAUCGAUAUCCAUAAAUUACAUACAUACUCCCUAAUGCUUACCUGUAAUAAAAAAAAAUAUUACUUGCUUUGUAUAUAUUGUUAUAGGAAGCGAAUGCUGCCAAAUCUAUGUACCUGAUUAUUGUAAUUAGUGUAAAGACAACUGAAAAGACUCGAGAGAUCUACAUCUGUGAUAAUUGUUGUUAAUGUUUAUAAAGUCUGUUAAUACUACUGAUUGUUAUUUAAUUUUUUUGAACGUAAAUGAAAGUCUAUAUUAUAAAAUAUUCUGAAUAUAAGAAAUCUAAAA